AUGGCAGAGGUAUUGGGCGUCGUCGCCAGCGGGAUUGCCGUGGUUCAGAUCGCUGGCAAGGCGACGACGACGGUUCUCAAGCUCAAGCAGCUCUGGGAUCAGGUCAAAUAUGUUCCCGAGGCGAUACUGGAUCUUAUGGAGCAGCUCGAGUGCCUCGAGCCGGCUCUUAGUCAGUUGGAAAACCGAAUCGAAAUUUCCCAGACGUUGGAAGGCUCCUCCCAUACCUCUUCGGAGCAGCAGAGCGCCAUUUACUGUCGCAAGGCCUUUGAUAAGCUUUCAGAUCUUGUGGAGCAGCUUUCGGCACAAAUCAACCAGAAUCAGCGUCACAAGCGGACCCUCGAGCGCGUCAAAGUGGUUCUUAAGAAAGAACAGCUGAAACAGGCCGAGGCUAGCCUGGACAGCGUGAUCAGGAUGCUGACGAUUGCGCAGCAGUGCCACGUUACCACAAUGUUGGAGCGACAGCCCGAGAUUACGAUGAAAGUUGUGAUGGCGACGCUCCAAGAAUGGAGUAUUGACAAUUACAAAGCUGCGGAGAGCAGGCUCGUUGAAAGCAAAGACAGAGAGAUCAGUGAUCCAGCCGUCAGCGAGACCAAACCGCUGGCCACCCAAACCAGGACUCGCUUUGGCGAUGGUCAAAGACGCCGGCUGACCAAAUGGUCAGAACCUGGACUAUUUGGAGCUCUUAAAUUCGGCUUCAUGUCUGGGGGAUGCUCUGCUGCUUUUCAGCCCCCAUGGUGGCUGGCAGGUACUUUGCGAGCUUGUGAGGUUGAGAUGAAUCGAUCUCUGGCCGGCUGGAAAAGCCACCUUCGCGUCUAUUCUAUCCGAGGAAGUCUUUCGGCUCCUUUCCUAGCUGCUAUGCGUGGUGAUGUAGAAAAGCUCCAAAGACUGUUCACUUCUGGGAAAGCAUCACCAUUUGACAGAGAUCCAAAUGGGUGGACUGUGUUGCAUUACGCUGCUGUAUGCACACGAACUGAGGUGUUAAAACUAUUCUUGGAACUCAACCUCGGGGAUGUAGCGUAUGAACGGGAUGUGAAGAAUUCACAAACUGUGGAUUUGUUGGCGACUCUCUACGACGCUGAACGCCGCCCACCGGGGUUGCCCCUCUCGGGCCGUGCAGCCACUUUCGUGGACAUGUUCCUUGCUCACUUGGAUAUUUCCACUGAUGAUCACGAAGCGGAGUCGUCACUCUGUCAGUGCCCAGCGACCACCAGCGCCUAUGCCCUGAAACGACUACAGCCGAUUGUUUGCCCCGAGCAUGCAUCGACAACAUUAUGGUCGAGGAUAGACUGGAGCCGGGAUCCCCGACAAGUUUGUCAGGGUUACGCUCCACAGUACCCCUUGGUCCAUUCAGUUGCGCUUGCGUACUCUGAGUCUUCUUUCUGGCCAAAGGAUGGCGAACAUGCUGCAAAUGAUGCCUUCGUCCUCGAGAUUUUACGGCAUUCACAGGACCUGCAUAGUCUUGAACGAGAUGAAGCCGACAAGUCAUUCAUGACACCAUUUCUUGCUUUGGUGAAUCAGUUCAUACUUUGGGCUCCCGACUGGUAUGGCAGGGUUGAAGCCCAACUUUUAGGCUUACAAACCUCUAUGCUUGAGUGGCUGACAGUACUUGCGAGGGCGGGCGUCGAUUUACUAGAGUAUGGAAGGUGCGAGUCAUCCUUCCUGAAAAAUAAGAAAAGGCGCGCCAAGCGUUCGUACCGCAGUAACGAGUCGAACUUGGAUUUUAAGCCAACCAUCAAAAUAAGGCUGGUUGGAAUACUGUACGGUCCGAAGGCGGAAGACUGGAGACUGUGCUGGAAUGAGGAAACUGAUGAGUAUGUGGGAGACUUCUGGGACCUGGUCGAGCGGGGGUCGAGCUCUAUCAUGCCAGGGUCUUGGGACGAGUCGGAUCAGGAUUCGGAUCAAGACUCGGAUCUUGACACUGACGAGUACUGGGAUCAGGACUCGGACGAAGAAUGGGAUGAGGACUCCACGAUAUGA